CACACUGGCUUGGACGCAAAAUGCACGUUGAGGAGAAGCAGCAAAAGGUAAACAAUGCCAAAAAGGCGGAUAAAAAGCAGCGAAGAUGUCUGGCCAUCAUUAAAAGCGACUGCGAGGUGUCCCCAAGUGAUGACCCAACCACAUACCUGGCGAUCCUGAACGUGGGACUGAGCAAUGGACUCACAGAGGAGUGUUUGCUCCAAGCGGCGGCCGCGACCGGUGGAAAGGUAACGCAAGUGGUCAUGUUGCCGGGGAAAUCGUAUUGCUUUCUAGUCUGUGCCACCGUGGAGGACUCCGAGCGCAUAUAUCUGGCCAUGCACAGCAUCUCCACAAUAGGACAACAAGGAGCAGUGGCCUACUUGAGUUAUGUGAAGGAACUACCGGCACUUGCAGGGAAAAGUGAGUGGGACAGACCUCUUCCCGGUGGACUCCUGGUGAUUCCAGAGUUUGUCAGCGAAGAAGAGGAAUCCACUCUGCUAAAGGUCAUUGCUGAGGAUGGCAGAACCGCCGAGGGUUCUGGCACUCUGAAGCAUCGGAAUGUCAAGCACUUUGGCUUUGAGUUCCUUUAUGGCACCAAUAAUGUGGACCCCUCAAAGCCUCUGAAGCAAUCCAUACCAUCAGCCUGUGAUAUUCUUUGGCCGCGCUUGGAAAACACCGCUUCUACUUGGGAUUGGAGCACACCUGACCAGCUGACAGUGAACGAGUACGAACCCGGUCAUGGAAUACCUCCUCAUGUGGACACACAUAGCGCCUUUUUGGAUCCCAUUCUCUCGCUGUCCCUGCAAUCCGAUGUGGUGAUGGAUUUCCGGCGAGGAGAAGAACACGUUCAGGUCAGAUUGCCGCGACGAUCCCUGCUGAUCAUGUCCGGUGAGGCGCGAUAUGAUUGGACGCAUGGCAUCAGGCCGAAGCACAUUGAUGUAGUGCCCAGCGGCUCAGGAGGUUUGACCACACAAUGUCGCGGCAAGAGGACUUCCUUGACGUUUCGGCGCCUGCGAAGAGGUGCCUGCAACUGUUCGUACCCCACGCUUUGCGACACUCGACUAACAAAAGUGCCACAGGAGUUAACUGCCUCACUGGCUGCUCAAGCCGUCUCUUUGGAGCAACAGAAUGUCCACGCGGUGUACGAUAAGAUCGCUGAUCACUUUAGCGAAACACGGCACACACCUUGGCCACAAGUAGCGGAAUUUCUGGAUUCCUUUGAUCCCCAAUCACUGGUACUGGACGUUGGCUGCGGCAAUGGCAAAUAUCUGGGCUGCAAUCCGCAGCUCCUGGCCAUUGGUUGCGACCGGGCGCAGGGAUUACUCGCUGUGGGUCGUCGGAAGGGACAGAAUGUCUUUCGAUGCGACUGCCUCAGUGUGCCUGUGCGAUCGUCCAGCAUCGAUGGCUGCAUCAGUAUAGCGGUCAUUCACCACCUGGCCACUACGGAGCGUCGAUUGGCCGCUCUGCAGGAAAUGGCUCGAGUUCUACGACCCGGAGGCAGUGCUUUGGUUUAUGUCUGGGCCAAGGAUCAGCGAAAGAAUGAUAAGAAAUCCGCUUAUCUCCGGCAAAAUAAAGCAGUAAAUAAGGAACGCACCACCGAGCAGCAACAACGUCAGAGGCAGCAGCAGGAACUGGAGCAGCAGCUGCCCAAUAAUACACCACUCCCUGUGCACACCAAUCGCACGGAGUUUCAGCAGCAGGACGUACUGGUGCCAUGGAAGACCAAGGAUGAGCAGAGGACCACAUAUCUGCGCUACUACCACGUCUUCGAGGAGCAGGAACUGGAGCACUUGGUGUCCCAGCUGCCAGAAGUUAAAUUAAUUAAAAGCUACUACGACCAAGGAAAUCAUUGCGUAAUCUUCGAGAAAAUCUCGAAUGUAUCGUUAUGAAAAGAUUACAUUUAUGUAAUUCGUUUAUUUGAUUUCAAAAAUACACAUUCACACAGUU